AAACAUCAUGGUGGGGCAGUGGACGGCGACAAAACCCAGCCGGAGCGACGAGGUUUUAGAUGCUGAGGAACAAGUGAGGAUCGCUAAUCACGUCAGAGCUCAUUUUGAUGCCUUAGAACCCAAACGAUCCAUCAAACCUAACCGAAGUGAACCCGAUCCCUUAGCGCAGAACCCCGUUGACCCCGCCAUCUCUCUCCACGAUAUUCCCGAACUUCACAAGUUUCAAUCUCUUCAAUCUCGUUCUCAUGAUGUACUUUCAUCGGAGGGGUUCGUGGAUACGCAGGAUGAGUUCGUGGAGACGCAGUAUUAUAAAGAAUUGGCAUCCGUUGACAAACAGCAUCACACGACAGGGAGUGGGUUCAUAAAGGCGGUGAGAGAAGGAGGGGAAAAUGGAUAUGAGAUUCAGCUGCCUGCAAGCCAAGUUGAUGGUGGUGAAACCCAACACAGAGGCUAUAAAGGCAACCCUGCCACCAACGACUGGGUUCCCAACUUAGAUGAACAUAAGGUUUUCGUCUCGUCGAAGCCGAAUAGGAGCGAGAGUGCUUGAUCUGCCAGAGAAAAUGGGUUAUCUUGUACCAGCUUUUUCCUUAUUCCGUAUGCCUGGUU